UCACUCGAAAAAAAUAUCAACAAUCAUAAUCAACAAAUUUUCAGAAUUUUCAAUUUUCCAUAAUCUUUUUCAUGAAAAAAAGGAAAUAAAACGUUUUAUUUUCACGGAAAGAUUUGUUCUAUAGCCUCACCGAUGAUUUACAAUCUUUACAUAUUCGAUAAAGGAGGCAAAUUACUAUUUUACUCCGAAUGGAACCGUCAAAAGCAAUCGGGGAUAUCGAAAGAUGAGGAAGCCAAGCUUAUGUACGGUAUGUUAUUCUCCAUAAAGAAUUUCGUCACCAAAAUAUCUCCUUCCGAUCUGAAACAAGGUUUCCUCUGCUAUAAAACCAACAAAUACGCUUUACACUUUCUCGAAACACCAACCGGACUGAAAUUCGUUCUCAAUACCGAUGUCAAUGCUCAAAAAGUUCGAGACGUAUUGCAACAGCUAUAUAGUAACGUAUACGUCAACUAUGUAGUACGAAAUCCAAUAUGCAACCUUCAAGACCCCAUAAAAAGCGAAUUAUUCAAAACGAAGCUCGAUUCGUACAUAAAACAGACGUCGAUUUACACAACCAAAUGAAUUAUUAUUCGUCAACAUAAUGAAAAUUUUAUUAAAAUUACACUUCUAUUGUAAAUUUGUGUAUGUAUAUAUAUGUACAAAAUAAAUUAAAAAUACUCUUAAAAUUUAA